AUGGCCAGGACAAAACAGACUGCUCGAAAAUCUACCGGUGGAAAGGCACCUAGAAAACAAUUGGCCUCCAAAGCCGCCAGAAAAUCCGCACCCAUAACUGGUGGUAUCAAAAAACCACAUAGAUAUCGACCAGGUACAGUUGCUCUUAGAGAGAUUAGAAAGUACCAAAAGUCAACUGAGCUUUUAAUAAGAAAGCUUCCCUUCCAGCGAUUGGUACGAGAAAUUGCCCAGGACUUCAAAACAGAUCUCCGGUUUCAAUCACAGGCCGUGUUAGCACUGCAGGAGGCAGCCGAGGCGUAUUUAGUCGGAUUGUUCGAGGAUACCAAUCUAUGUGCCAUACAUGCCAAAAGAGUAACCAUUAUGCCAAAGGACAUUCAAUUGGCUAGGCGGAUUCGCUGCGAGCGAUCUUAA